AUGCCGGGGUUGCUGUUAGGAGAAAUCGUUCCCAAUUUUGAAGCCGAUUCCACUUUUGGAAGAUUAAAACUUCAUGAUUUUCUGGGGGAUUCCUGGGGCGUCCUGUUCUCUCAUCCUCGAGACUUCACUCCUGUCUGCACCACUGAACUCGGCAGAGCAGCUCAACUCAGUCCAGAGUUCAGCAGACGCAACGUCAAGCUGAUGGCGCUCUCCGUCGACAGCCUGGAAGACCAUCACGGCUGGAGCAAGGACAUCUUGGCUUACAAUAACGCGGAGUCCGGAAGCGAGUUCCCUUUCCCACUCAUAGCGGAUGCUGGGAGGCAUCUGGUGGAGACGCUGGGCAUGCUGGAUCCGGAGGAGAAGGAUCAGACCGGGAUGCCGCUCAGCGCGCGAUGCGUAUUUGUGAUUGGUCCAGAUAAGAAGUUGAAGCUGUCCAUUCUCUAUCCUGCAACAACGGGACGUAACUUUGAGGAGAUUCUGCGUGUGGUCGACUCUUUGCAGUUAACGGCACAGACCCGUGUGGCCACACCUGUGGACUGGCGGCCUGGAGACAGUGUUAUGGUGCCGCCCAGCAUCCCUGAGCAGGAGGCCGUGACGCUCUUCCCCGCUGGAGUUUACACCAGAGACCUGCCCUCCGGGAAGAAGUACCUGCGCUACACACCUCAACCAAACCCCCAUCAGGAGUGAAUGUGCAGACGGCGGAUGUGUGGCUUCAGUGAUGCUGUGUGUGUGUGUGUGUGUGAGCAGCUGUUCGUAAAACACCAGCGCUGUUCUCAAAGCAAGAGGCAAAGUCCUCACAUGUUACAGACGCAAAUUACAGAUUUAAUAAACAUCACUGACACUUACAACAAAAUAAAAAUAAACAAUACAAUUAAAAUUUGUGUUUUUA